UACACGGCUUAAGCUUCUUUAUUAGUUAAAUGAAAUAUGGCAAACAGAAUCAAAACCACAAGCUUGUCGAUCAAGCCGUUUCAUUAAUACCCAUGGUGAUUAGGCGAUCUCUGAUUGGCGGGUUUUCCACGUACACCUGUCUGUCUGUAUAAACGAAAUUCGAAUGGUUUCGCCCGACCACGAAUAUAUUUACAUUUUCACUCGCGAACGAUGAUUCACUGCAAUAAAAGAAAAUGCGAAUGUACAGCGUUAUUUAAUAGUCGGCCAUUGUGAACUCACAGAGUGCGAACAAUGUUCCCUCUACGAUUAACUUUGAGUUGGUAUGGAAGAUUAUCGUUUAUUUCUUGGCUAGUUAUUGCUGUACUUCUUGGACAUGUCGAGAGUUCAAAAGAUCGGAAAAAAGCACAGCGGGUUUUAGAACAUCAAGCCAAAGAUUUAUACCAUGUCAAGGAACAUUUGAUGGAACAGCUGGGAAUGGAUGACGAAGCAGCUACUAAAUACCUCAAUGAAACUAGAAGCGAAGUUCAGUUUUUCCUGAUGCAUGAUUUUGACAAUAACAACAAGUUAGACGGACUGGAGAUAUUUCAAGGCUUCUCACACCACGACCAUUCUGAAGACGAAGGUCACCAUGAAUCAGAUUCUUUUAAUGAGGACGAUAUGGCAGAGUUUGUUGACACUAUCUUAGAGGACCAGGACCGUAAUGACGAUGGCUAUAUCGACUACCCCGAGUUUAUGGCCUCUUUCAAGCACACACAAGCGCGCCCUAUCGAUGAUACCCGUACUGGAAUCUAAGAUACGCUACGGCGAGCUACUGCUUUGGCUUCUUUGGCCGUGAGGGACUGGGUUGACAACGCUGUUUUCUCCGCAAAACUCAAACGGAUUAAGAUUUUGCUGUGUGGCAACGGCGUGUGCGGCCUCUACGUGUCUUAAGAAAAAUGGCUUCGUUCAAGGAAACCAGGGACUUAAUUCUACUUUCCGAUACGAUAUAGGCUUGAUUAAUGACGAGGAUUUCCUUCUUUUGUAUUUGUCUUACAUCUCCAAGAACUUAGAUUUGCCUCUCAGCUGGCGUUUUAGAACCGCCUGCAAUUCCAACCAAAAAAAACAAAAUAUCACUGAUUAAAAGCUCGAUUUCAGCACGGGCUGGGUAUUCUUACAACGUGAGAAGUCCGAAAAUACAAAACUUUUGAUUCUAAUAAAAUACAUUUUGAACAGCGAUGAACAAUCAUUGCUCAGCUUAGUACAUGCGAAGCUUUCUUAUUUGCGGCUAUUCGGCCCAGUACUAACAUGACUGUCGCUCACGGUAGAUGUUUAAAUCGUUCACAUUUUCUGUCAUUCUCGUCCCCAAAGGCCGCGCUCGUUUUGGUCAGCACCAA